AUGGGAAACGAGCAGACCAAGCAGCGAAAGCUGAGCCGCAUGAGCUCCAAACAGGGAAGCCAGAACACCUCCCGGAAGCAUACGCGCGUGCCCUCCAACCCCGAGUCCUUGCUCAGCCAGGUUUCUGAGAACCUCGCCAAGGAGGCCAGUCAGGUCCUUCAUGUUCAUCUGAACGAUGCCUCGACCCACCUGGCCCUCAAGCGCACGAAUUCGGGCCACAUCCAGCUCAGGCUGCCUGACGACCUCAAGGAUGAUGAGGAGGCAGCCAUGACGGAGCAGGAGGUGCAGGACCUGAAGCUGCUGGAGGACAUCGGACUGGGCCUGGAGUUCUCACCGGGCGACGCGUUCAUCGGGCAGCUGGUACUGGAUGUGCAGGAGGCCUCUGGCCUGAAGCCGUCAGUCACCAACACCUACGUCACUGUGGCGGAUGAGAGCGACAAGUCGGAGGCCAAGUUCUGCAGCACCUGCGAGGACACGCACGCCUGGUGGAGCGAGGCGCGCUUCCACUUCAUCGUGCUGUUCAGCAACAGCGUGCUGACCCUGACCCUGAAGGGGCGUAGUACGGCCUACCUCCCCGUGGCCUGGCUGCGCCAGGGGUCUCAGGACUUUGAGCUGGAGCUGGAGGGCUCCCGCCCCGGCAAGUCGGGCGGGCGGCUCAAGGUACACGCUCGCUACGCCUGGCUGCGCGGCACCUCUGACGACGGUACCUACACCAAGGUGAACCGCCUGGUGCUGCACCGCACCAGCCGCGUCGUGCGCAGCGCGGCCAUGACGGCCGCGGUGGAGCACCUCAGCCAGGUCAACCACUCCCUGCUCUCCCACGACAACAUCUGGGCAGUGCUGGGGCCGGGUCCCGGCGCCGGCGGCGACGAGGGAACCCCGGCGCCGCGCGGGACAGCCUCUUCGUCCCCCAUCCCGGCGCUGGAAACCCAAGCCUCAGACGCGGAGUCGCUGUCCGGGGCGCAGGCGGCGCUGGCGGCCUCGCUCCCGGCCUUGCCCCCCGCCUCGCUCGCCGCACGGCUGGCCAGUGAGCUGACGCACGCCGGGGACGAAGGGCCGUCCAGCACCUCCCAGCAUGCCGCCACGGCGCUGCUGGACGGUCUGUCCGGCGCAGCCGCCGACACGCCGGAGGUGGCCGACCUGAAGCGCAGCCUGCUCAUGGUCCUCUGCCCCGUGCUGGAACGGCUGGAGGGGCUGGAGCGCAAGACACAGGCGCUGACCGCCGCGCUGCAGGAGCGCAUGUGGGAGCUGGGCGGCCUGGCGGAGGUGGGGGAGGGGGAGCUGGUGGCCCAGGCGAAGCCGGCGGCGGGUGGGGGUGACGGGGAUGACGACGCAGUCCAGCGCAGCUCCAACAGCCUGGGCUGGCUGAAGGCGCGGGCGGCCAACCCGGUGGAGCCCUUCCUCUCCGGCAAGUUCGAGUACGGCAUGGGCCGGCCCGCCAAGCGCCGCACCGUCUUCAUGUUCAUGCGGAAAGGCCACUGGGCGGAUCACCCCGUCAUGGCCCCUGCCUUCCUCGGCACGCACCGCACCAGCGGGGGCGGGCGCCUGGGGCCUCUGCCGGUGACGCAGAGCGUCGCCUCCACGCCAGGCCACUAUGAAUUUGUGGGCCUGCUGCCCGACGACUACUCCUACGCCAAGGGCAGCAUGUUCAUGCUGGAGCCCGGCACGCGGGCGGUGGUGUUCGACCUGGACGGCACCAUCACCGUGGGCGACGGCCAGGUGGUGACCCAGUUCACGCUGGACGCGCUGGGCGCCAGCACGGCCCUGAACGCCAAGCUGAGUCACAAGUACGACCUGCGGCCGCGGCGGCACGCGCUGCACGCGGUGCGAGCCUGGGCGGCCAAGGGCUACCAGCCCAUCUACCUGAGCGGGCGCCAGGGGUCGUACUACAACCUCACCCUGGCCUGGCUGAUCAAGCACCGCUACCCGCCGGGGCCCAUCCACCUGACCAGGACCCACCUCCCGACGCUGCCCGUCUACUUCUCCGUGGGACUCUUCAAAGUCAAGUACAUCGAGGGCCUGCGGGCCAAGGGCAUCGAUGUGUACGCGGCCUACGGCAACACCAUGACCGACAUAAAGGCCUACGAGGCCGCGGGAAUCGCCAAGGAGAGGACCUACAUCAUCGGGCCCUUUGCGGGGAAGAACGGCACGAAGAAGGUUGCAAACUGGACCGACCACCUGCCCGAGAUCAUGGCAUACCCCGACGCAGAGGUCCCCAUCCCCUACACCGAACUGCUCAUCACCGAGAUGCCGGGAUAUGUCAAGAACAAAACGGUGGUGGACAAGGAGGGCAAGACCCACGACAUCCGCGUCGUCAGCUCCCUGCAUCAGCGCACGGCGAGCGAGGAGAAGAUCCUGGAAGACAGCGAGCAGUUUGCACCCAGCGUCACCGCCGAGCCUGGAGCGCGAUCGGACACGCCCAGCAGCUUCCUGGAGGACUCUGAGGACGAUGACGAGGCUGCAGUGGCCUCGGCGACAGAGGCCCUGGGCAAUGUGACACUCCAAGGCCGGCCCUGA